AGCCUGCAGAGGGAUAGUACAGCGUCUCCUCUAGCAAACACAUACAUACCUUCACCAGCCCACUACAAUACGAGCAAGCAUGGUUCUGGAGGACUCUGAGUAUGACUCUGUCUUUGAGGGUGAAGUCACUGACGACAAUGUGGAGACCCCCUUUGGCACAGUACACUGCAGCAUGUCAGGCAUCCCCAAGGAGAAUCGACCUGUCAUCCUUACUUUCCAUGAUAUCGGACUGAACCAUAAGACCUGCUUUGACAGCUUCUUCAGCCAUGAGGACAUGCAGGAAAUCACGCGACACUUUGUUGUGUGCCACGUCAAUGCGCCUGGGCAACAAGAAGGUGCCAGCACCCUCCCCACUGGAUACACUUACCCCUCAAUGGACCAGCUCUCAGAGACCCUCCCUAUUGUGCUCAAGCAUUUUAAUAUUACGAGUGUUAUUGGAUUGGCCAUCGGGGCUGGAGCCUACAUCCUUGCACGCUUUGCUUUGAACCACCCUGAUCUAGUUGAAGGUCUCGUUCUGAUCAACGUCAAUGCUCAGGCAGAGGGCUGGAUGGACUGGGCAGCACACAAGCUCUCUGGCUGGGCACAUGCUGUCCCUGAUAUGGUCAUCUCCCACCUGUUUGGAAAAGAGGAGAUUCACAACAACCAUGACCUCAUUGCAACCUUCCGUCAUCACAUCACAACCAGCAUUAACCAGACCAACCUUCAGCAGUUUGUCAAGUCCUAUAACAGCCGAAGGCAUCUGGACAUUGAAAGACCCUCUCCAAGCGGAACUGUUAAUGUAAAGACCCUGAAGUGUCCGGCUCUUCUGGUGGUGGGAGAUAACUCUCCAGCGGUUGAUGCUGUGGUUGACUGCAACUCAAAAAUGAAUCCAACGAAGACCACCUUUCUCAAGAUGGCUGACUGUGGAGGCCUUCCCCAAGUUGACCAGCCGGCCAAGCUGGCCGAGGCCUUCAAAUACUUCAUCCAGGGACUUGGCUACAUGUCUUCUGCAGGCAUGACUCGUCUGUCUCGCUCUCGCACUGCCUCUGGCAACAGCGUUUCAUCUCUGGACGCCAGCCGGAACCGCAUGCGCAACCGCACACACACCGGCGAGGAGCAGCGUGGACGCUCUCAUACUGACGUCUCCAUGGAGAGUGCCUCCAACAGCACUGUUGAGCCAGCCCUGCCAGCAACCAACCAUUCCACUGAGGUGUCCUGUUAAAAGCCUGACAACCCUCACACUCAAUUCCACUCUAAAUCAAAUAUAUAAUGCCUCAAAUUAAGUGAUAAUUGCAGUUGGAGAGGUAGAGAGAUUGUGUAUCUUCAUCAGGGAGCGUUUCGAUGAGCUGGUGUUGAUGUGCAUGAAAAAGCCCACUGAAAUAACAUAGCUAGUUUAAAAUGUCAGUCUCAGUAUUAUAAGCUUUCCUUUUAUAUUAUUAGGGUAUUAUACUUUUUAUGAAUGAUCACAUAUAUUAUGAAAAUACUCAUGUACUAUCAUAUGUAUAAUCUGCUCCUGAAAACUGAAAGCACUUUGAUGUAUUGGUUGUAUAAAUGUGUGUUGAUAUGUAUCUGAAGAGGUGCAUUGGGGGUUACUUGUAAUGGCUGGUGUGAAGCUAUGGGGGGAUUUUUCUAUGUCACAGCAGUGAAGAAUGAAAUGUUAGAUUUAGUCUUUAUGCUACCAUUGACUUUCUAAUGUAUACUGCAGACCUCCAGCAUGGACAUCAAACAAAUUUACAAAUGCUGCCCAUAAAUAGAUGCAUCCAGAACUUUUCCCAAUUGAGAAAUUAAAGCUCUGAAUAGCAUCACAA